AUGGGCCUUGACUUCUGUUCAGCACCUGCAACCUCUGUUGAUGCAAAGAGAGCAUUUUCUCAUAGACAUCAUCAAAUUAAUUUUAUGCAACAUAAUAUAGCUUCAAAUACUUUUAUUGCUCAAAUGGCUGUUGGAUCUUGGAAUGAUACCCUACUUUUUUCUAAUAUUAAUAAUGCUUUUUCAAUUCUUGAAGCUAAAACAUCUCAAACUACUGGUUCUUAA